AUGGGUUCUUCACAGUUAAGUCAAGUAGUCAUUGUGUUUCUGCUUCUUUGUGUCCUCCCUUGCCUUACCGCAUCUGCUCUACCUUCUCAUCAACAACAACGAUCACUUUCAGUCACCGGGAGGAAGUUGAUGAGUAUUUAUAGGCCAAAUGGAGACAUAUUUACAAGGCCAUCAAGCAGUGGACAUGGUGGUGGUCGCAAUCCACCCCACUAG